UUUAGGGUCAGGAUGUGUGUGUCCUUAUUCCGGAGUGUGCUUUACGGUCAGGAUGUGUGUGUGUCCUUAUUCCUGAGUGUGUUUGCUGGUAUCACUUUUAGCGAAACUCACUGGUAUUUCUUGAUCUGGGUUCUCAUGUCAUUUGUGACAUUGUCAUUAUGAAAAUGGAGUGAAUUCCACAUUUUGACUGAAGUACUGGACUAAAAUGAAGACCAAUGAUAAUGUAAUUAUAUUCUACUAAUGACAGUUUGUAAAUGGACUGCAUUUAUAUAGCGCUUUUAUCCAAAGCGCUUUACAAUUGAUGCCUCUCAUUCACCCAUUCAAACACAGUUUGGUUCUGUUCAUUCAGUGGAUUUGUUCCAGAACUGUGUGUGUACAUGCUAGUGUGUGUUUUUAAGAGCUGUCUGUGGGAGCGUGUGUGUGUGUGUCUGUGUUAGUUUGUGUGUGUGUGAGUGAGUGUGCGUGCAAGUGUGUGCAUAUGUGUCUGUGUGCGUGAGUGUGUGUGAGCAUGUGCCUGCAUGUGUGUGUGAGCAUGUGUCUGAGCGUGUGCGUGUGCGUGUGCGUGUGAAAGGUGUGUGUGUGUUUCAGAGCUGAGUGCUUCUGUGUUUUCUCCCUGCAGGAGUCCAGAGCAGCCCCCCCUCAGUGGAACCCCCUCAUCCUGACCUGUGCACCAGGGGGGUUUUAAAGACUGACGGACCAGCUGUGAGCAGAGCAGACAGGGUGGCCGUGGCAACGGCGUGGGAAUGAGGCUGAAGGAGGAUGUGAACCCGCUGCUGCUGCAGGUGUUUCGCUCGGUGGUGUGGGUGUACUCCUUCAUCACCUUCCUGCCCUGGUACCUGCUGUCCGGGCCCGGGCAGCCCCCCCGCGCGCGGCGGGUGCAGGCGCUGUCUGUGAGCGGGAAGCCCGCCGGGCCGUACCGCGCGGGGAACAGCCUGCCGGCGCUGGCCUGCUCGCUGUUCCCCGGCUGCCCCACGCUGGACCUCGUCUUCCACCACGCCGCGGAGCGCUUCCCCCGCCGCGACUGCCUGGGCACCCGCCAGGUCCUGGGAGAGGAGGACGAGAGCCAGCCCAACGGCAAGGUCUUCAGGAAGGUGAUCCUUGGCGAGUACGUCUGGCAGUCGUAUGAGGAGGUGUACCAGGCCGCGCGGCACCUGGGCAGCGGCCUGGCGGCUCUGGGACAGAAACCCCAUCACAACAUCGCCAUCUUCUGUGAGACCCGCGCAGAGUGGCUCAUAACUGCACAGGCCUGCUUCAUGCACAACUUCCCAUUGGUUACUCUGUAUGCCACUCUGGGAGGCCCAGCGAUUGCUCACGGACUCAACCAGACUGAAGUCACUCACAUCGUCACCAGUAGAGACCUGCUGCAGACCAGACUCAAGGACAUCCUGUUGGAGGUGCCCACACUGCAGCACAUCAUUGUUGUGGAUGGCAAACCCAGCACAUGGGAGGGGUUCCCCAGAGGCAUCCACAUGCACAACAUGGCAACCGUACAAGAGCUGGGCACCAAGCCUGAGAACCUGACAUCGCCCCAUUCCCAGCCCCGCCCCUCUGACAUCGCUGUCAUCAUGUACACCAGCGGCUCCACAGGCGUGCCCAAGGGUGUGAUGAUCUCCCACGGCAACAUCAUUGCUGGGAUCACCGGCAUGGCAGAGAGGAUCCCUAACCUGGGUGAGAAUGACACCUACAUCGGGUACCUGCCGCUGGCCCACGUGCUGGAGCUCAGCGCCGAGCUGGUGUGCGUCUCACACGGCUGCCGCAUCGGCUACUCCUCCCCGCACACGCUGGCCGACCAGUCGACUAAGAUCAAGAAGGGCAGCCAGGGAGACGCCAGCAUUCUGCGGCCCACCCUGAUGGCUGCCGUCCCGGAGAUCAUGGACCGUAUCUAUAAGAAUGUGAUGCUGAAGGUGGAGGAGAUGAGCAGGGUGCAGAGGACCAUGUUCACUUUGGCCUACAACUACAAGAUGGAGCAGCUCUGCCUGGGCAACAGCACUCCACUGUGUGAUGGGCUGGUGUUCCGGAAGGUGCGCUCCCUGCUGGGGGGGCAGACGCGGGUGCUCUUGUCGGGUGGGGCACCCCUCUCUGCAGCCACACAGCGCUUCAUGAACAUCUGCUUCUGCUGCCCCGUGGGCCAGGGGUACGGCCUGACCGAAACCUGCGGAGCGGGGACCAUCAGCCAGAUGUGGGACUACAGCACGGGGCGUGUGGGCGCUCCUCUGGUCUGCUCCGAAAUCGCCCUGAGGGACUGGGAGGAGGGCGGCUAUCUCAGCACAGACAGACCGCACCCCCGGGGGGAGAUCCUGAUUGGAGGACCCAAUGUCUCCAUGGGCUACUAUAAGGACCCGGCCCGGAACCAGCAGGACUUCUUUGUGGACGGGAACGGGCAGCGUUGGUUCUGCACGGGGGACAUCGGUGAGGUGCUCCCGGACGGCUGCUUAAAGAUCAUCGAUCGGAAGAAGGACCUGGUGAAGCUGCAGGCGGGGGAGUAUGUGUCCCUGGGGAAGGUGGAGGCCGCGCUCAAGAACUGCCCUCUGGUGGACAACAUCUGUGCGUACGCCAACAGUGACCAGUCAUACGUGAUUGGCUUCGUGGUGCCCAAUCAGAAGCAGCUUCUGGCCCUGGCAGAGCAGAGGAGGGUCAGAGGGUCGUGGGAGGAGCUCUGUAGCAGCGCUGAGAUGGAGGCAGAGGUGCUGCAGCUCAUCACUGAGACGGCCAUCGCAGCCAAGCUGGAGCGGUUCGAGAUCCCGCGGAAGAUCCGUUUGAGUGCCGAGCCCUGGACACCGGAGACCGGCCUGGUAACCGAUGCCUUCAAACUGAAACGCAAGGAGCUGAAGACCCACUACCUGCAGGACAUAGAGAGACUGUACGGGGGGAAGUAGGCACACCUGCCCCUCCUCCUGCCCCCUCCCGCCCCCGCCUCCACAAGCUCAUUAGACUCACCCCACCCCAACACCACAAGCUCAUUAAACUCACCCCACCCCAACACCACAAGCUCAUUAGACUCACCCCACCCCAACACCACAAGCUCAUUAGACUCACCCCACCCCAACACCACAAGCUUAUUAGACUCACCCCACCCCAACACCACAAGCUCAUUAGACUCACCCCAUCCCGUUACUAUAAGCUCAUUAAACUCACCCCACCCCAACACCACAAGCUCAUUAGACACACCCCACCCCAACACCACAAGCUCAUUAGACUCACCCCACCCCAACACCACAAGCUCAUUAGACUCACCCUGCUCCGCCCCGUCCCGUUACCAUAAGCUUGUUAAACGGGGCAGCACUUGAAUCUCCACAAAAUAAGAGCCAGAAUGUGGCACACGAUGGCCACCGACAGCUGAAUAUUUAUAUACUUUAGGUCUGUAUCUUUAUGAUGUCUUCUCUAAGGCCAGGCAGCAAACCGGCCCUUACCUGGGGGGUCAGGUGAGUCGGGGGGAGGGGCAGGCGAGUCUCGGCCCCCCUGUCCCUCAGGGGAAGCCUUGGGUCUGGCUGAGGUAUGAGAUGUGAGGUGGACCUGCCCGAGCCCUGGGGUUAUUAUAAACUCAACUGAGAGGACUUUUCCCUGAUUUUUCUGUUGUUCCAAUCAAUGAAUAUCUUGUGUCUGAAGAUCAAGAAGUCAUGAGAGAUCAAAUGCAAAUAUUUUAUUUUUCAUUUAGUUUAUUAUCAUUCUUUGUGAUUUAAUUUUUUUCUUCUCAGUGUGUUUUUUUUCCUUUACUUAUCUGGUGUUUGCUAUCUAUCAUCAUGUUCUACGGGUCGUCUCCAGGGGUAAUUGUUUACAAAUUUGCGAGACAAGUGUGACUCUGUUUUAUCAAACAAACGGACUAACACGCCUGCUUUAAACUGAGCAUGAAAAACGCAGUUUCAGAAAAACAAAAAGACCUGAAUCUGCUUUAUGAAUUUCUACAACACUUACCUCAAAUCACAAGAUUUUCAGGGGGUUUCUGUCUCAUAUUUAAAUCCAGGUUUCUCAUUGGCUGAUUAUGAUCAUCUCAUUAGAUCCAGGUUUUAAAUUGGCUGAUUAUUAUUUAUUAUCGUUUAUCGUUUACUGUCGUUUCUGUGAGCUGCCAGUCAGGAGCCCAGUGGCAGUGGUUUUCUCUCAGAUCAUUAGAUGCGUGUAGAAAUGGCCGCUCCCAUUAAACAGAGUUAUAUAACCUGCUUUUAAUACAGUUACUCUGCUUACUGUUAGCUUUAGCCAUGCUGCUCUUCUAAAAAGCACAGGGUACAGAAGAAUGAAUGUUACCUCAUGUACUGAUGUCUGUGUUUCUGAUAAAAUGAGACUAUUUGAAGGCACUGUUUGUGCAGCUAAUAUUGUGCAAUGGUAGGGUGCUGCAUUAUACUUAUCUUGUGGUUACUGUUGUGAUUGCUACGGUUGCUGAUUAUGUCAUGUACCUUUUCUGAUCCAAUAAGGAAAAACUUGAAUGUGCAAUAUACUCAAACUUCCCAACACUAAAAUGACCAGGCACAGGCUGCCCCUGUAAUGCAUGAAUAAUAAUUAACAUACAACAAAAAUAAUACUCACAGGAUACGGAACUGUUCCAACUCUUUUUUUGUGAUAAUACUCUAUGUACUGUAUAUGUACGUGCAAGUAUCCAUGCAUACAGACAUGUGUUUGCAGAGGUGUGCAAUUUCUUAUUCUUAUUUUGAUAAGGACUCGGACAUGUUGGAUGACUUAACACAAUAAAUACAUUUGAAAUAGUAUUCCAAUACUCUUCAAAUAGAACUCUUAUACUCUUCCAACAGAACUCCAAUACUCUUCCAAUAGCACUCCAAUACUCUUCCAACAGAACUCCGAUACUCUUCCAAUAGAACUCCAAUAUAGCUCAGGAGGUAAGAGCAGUUGUCUGGCAGUCAGAUGGUUGCACUUCCAACAGAACUUCAAUACUCUUCCAAUAGAACUCUUAUACUCUUCCAACAGAACUCUGAUAAUCUUCCAAUAGAACUCUUAUACUCUUCCAACAGAACUCUGAUAAUCUUCCAAUAGAACUCUGAUACUCUUCCAACAGAACUCUGAUAAUCUUCCAAUAAAACUCUUAUACUCUUCCAACAGAACUCUGUUACUCUUCCAGUAGAACUCCAGUACUCUUCCAACAGAACUCCAAUACUCUUCCAAUAGCACUCCAAUACUCUUCCAACAGAACUCUGAUACUCUUCCAAUAGAACUCUUAUACUCUUCAAACAGAACUCUGAUACUCUUCCAAUUGAACUCUGAUACUCUUCCAAUAGAACUCCAGUACUCUUCCAACAGAACUCUGAUACUCUUCCAAUAGAACUCCAGUAUUCUUCCAACAUAACUCUGAUACUCUUCCAGUAGAACUCCAGUACUCUUCCAAUAGAACUUCCAAUACUCUUCCAGUAGAUCUCCCAAUACUCUUCCAAUAGAACUCCAAUUCUUUUCCAACAGAGAAUGGUUGUCUGGCAGUCGGAGGGUUGCCAGUUUGAUCCCCCGCUCUGGGCGUGUCGAAGUGACCCAGAACAAGACACCCAACCCCUAAUUGCUCCCAACGAGCUGAUUGGUACCUUGCCUUUCACUGUUGGUGUGUUGUGAGUGUGUUGAAUGGGUGAAUGAGAGGCAUCAAUUGUAAAGCACUUUGGAUAAAAAAGAACUUACAAUACUCCAAUAGAAUUCCAAUAGAACUCCAAUAUUGUAGGAACUAUAGAGAAUCUAUCAUUUGCUUUUACGGCACUUGCUUGAUUUGAGCAGUGUACAUGUUUCUGCAUGUGUGUGAGUGUGUGCGUGUGUGUGUGUAUGCGCAUAUAGCAGGAAAAGCUAUGGGAGGGAAUGCUAUAGGAGGAGGCUCUAUAGGUGGGGAUGCUAUAGGAGACAGUAUAGCAGGAGAUGCUAUAGAUGGGGAUGCUUUAGGAGGAGGUGCUGAAGGAAGAGAUUCUAUAGGAGGAGAUGCUAUAGUGUAAUAUAUAGUAGGAAAUGCUAUAUGAGGAAGCGCUAUAGUGGAUGCUUUAUGGCAUGGUAUAGGAAAUUAUAUAGGAGGAGAUGCUAUAGGAGAUGCUAUGGGAUGAAACGCUAUAGGAGAUGCUAUAGGACACGGUAUAGGAGGAAACGCUAUAGGAGAUUAUAUAGUAGGAGAUACUAUAGGAGACGGUAUAGGAGGAAACUAUAUAUGAGAUUAUAGGAGCAGUACUCUUCGGGUAAGAAUGGUUUUGCUUCUGCACACUUAUACUCUCGGGGACAGCUAUCAAGAUGCAGUACAGAUACCAGAUGUAUGAAAUCUAUUUUAAUUUAUAUAAUCGCUGUUAUACCAACCAGACUGAAGUCCAUGAUUACCGUGGAAAUUUCCAUGUACCAUGGAUUACUGUGUGUGUGUCACACUUCUAUUUUUUGGUAAUUUACCUUGUAAAUGAUUUCAUGGCAGGUAAAUAAAAGUUUGUUUGGUCUAAAAGGUU